AUGUCUGAAGGUAAAAAGUUUCCUCAAAUUAUUGCCGGGUUAGCAGCAGCUGGGGGAGCAUUUGCUUGUGGUACAACUUUAGGCUGGAGUGCACCCGUGCAACAUGCUAUUCAAGAUGGUUUCUAUGGAUUUAAAGUUAGUAAUGUUGAGUAUUCGUGGGUCAGUUCGUUAAUAACGCUAGGUGCAGCCUGUGCAUGUAUACCAAUAGGAAUUGUGAUAAAUAUUAUUGGACGAAAACCUACAAUGCUCUUGCUAGUCAUACCAUUGAUGGUAGGUUGGUGUAUGCUGCUGUUUGCUAAGAACGUGGCAAUGUUGAGCGCAGCACGAUUUAUACUAGGAUUUUCUGGCGGUGCAUUUUGCAUAACUGCACCAGUAUAUACAACUGAAAUAGCGCAGAAUGAAGUUCGUGGUAUGCUUGGAAGCUUUUUUCAAUUAUUACUUGUCAUUGGUGUGACAUAUACUUACGUAGUUGGCGCAUUUUUGGACGUAUUUUGGAUGUCAGCUUGUUGUGCAGCCAUCCCUAUAAUUUUUGUGGUUUGUUUUAUUUGUAUGCCCGAGUCGCCAGUUUAUUUGGUUAUGAAAGAUAAAAUGGACGCAGCCAAAAAUUCAUAUAAAUUUCUACGAGGCGCUGACUACGACCCUACAACAGAAAUAAAUGAAAUACGCAGCACACAACAGAGUAAAGAUGAAAAUAGUGGCCCGAUUAAAGCUCUGUGUCGAGGUGUUGUGAUGAAAGCAUUGGGAAUGUCUAUGGCUCUUAUGUUUUUUCAGCAGCUUGGCGGUAUUAACGCAAUUGUAUUUUACUCCACGGACAUGUUUAAAAACGCAAAAACCGGUAUAAGUGCAGAAAUGACUACGAUCUUAAUUGGAGUUCUAAUGGUUGUGUUUACUUUUGUUGCUACACUUUUUAUUGAUAAACUAGGACGCAGACUUUUACUGAUGUCUUCAGGACUUAGCAUGGCUUUAGCCACUUUUGCUAUGGGCAUAUAUUUUUAUAUGUAUGAUAAUGACAAAAAUUCAGUUGAAUCUAUUAAAGUGCUUCCAGUAAUAGCUGUAUUGUUCUUUAUUAUAAUGUUUUCUGUUGGUUAUGGACCAGUGCCUUGGCUUUUUAUGGCAGAAGUUUUUACACCCGAUGCCAAAGCAUAUGCUGGACCAAUAUCUGGGACAAGUAAUUGGCUGAUGGCCUUUAUCGUAACUAAUACUUUUUUAUUAGUGCGAGAUGCAAUCGGUACUGGUACAACAUUUUUCCUAUUUACGCUGAUUUCGGUAAUCGGUUUUAUAUUUGUAUUAAUUGUUAUUCCUGAAACAAAAGGUAAAUCUAUUACAGAGAUUACAAUGGAAAUUGAAGGAAAAAAAGCUUAA